AAAACCUUGCUGUAAUGUGGCCGCUGAUAAUCCUUAGUUUCAUGGAAUGUUUUGCGCCCAGCUAUCAACAAUUCCCGCGUCUGUGUGCCACCCAGGAAGCUUUGCGCACCAAGGAGUGCUGCCCGUCUUGGGAAGGGGACGGGUCGCCCUGCGGGGCGAGCUCGGGUCGGGGUUUCUGUCAGGAUGUGGUGGUGCCGAACAACCCCGACGGGCCGCAGUACCCCUUCUCCGGGUUGGACGACAGGGAGAAGUGGCCCCUGGUUUUCUACAACCGGACUUGCCAGUGCGCAGGGAACUUCAUGGGUUUCAACUGCGCGGACUGCCAGUUUGGCUACUUCGGCGUCAACUGCAAUGAGAGGAGAGAGUCUCUGAGGAGGAACGUAUUUCACCUGUCCAGGGCCGAGAGGAUCAGACUUGUGUCCUACCUGAACUUGGCCAAGCAGACAGUCAGCAGGGACUAUGUUGUGGCCACAGGGACCUACCAGGAGAUGGGAAACGGCUCCAGCCCGAUGUUCGCUGAUGUUUCAGUGUAUGAUGUGUUUGUGUGGAUGCAUUACUAUGUGUCCCGGGACGCGCUGUUAGGCGGGCCGGGGAACGUGUGGUCCAAUGUGGACUUUGCCCACUGGGCGCCUGCGUUUCUCCCGUGGCACCGCGUGUACCUGCUGCACUGGGAGCACGAGAUCAGGAAGCUGACUGGAGACAUGACCUUCACCAUCCCGUACUGGGACUGGAGGGAUGCCCAGGGAUGUGAUGUGUGCACGGACGAGCUGAUGGGGGCCCGGAGCCCCUUUGAUCCCAGUUUCCUCAGCGCAGGCUCGGUCUUCUCCUCUUGGAGGGUACUGUGCUCCAGAGCAGAGGACUACAAUAACAGAGGUGUGUUGUGUGAUGUCAGGGAAGAGGGCCCGUUGCGUCGUAACCCUGGAAACCACAAUCGUAACGUGGUUGAACGAUUACCAACUUCAGCAGAGGUGGAGUUCACGCUCAGUCUGCCCAACUAUGACACCGGAGCCAUGGACCGCAGUGCCAACAUGAGCUUCAGGAACACUCUGGAAGGAUUCGGGGAUCCUCGGACUGGGUUAGGAAACAGUUCUCACAUGGGCAUGCACGCUGCUCUCCAUGUGUUCAUGAAUGGCUCCAUGUCCUCAGUGCAGGGCUCAGCGAAUGACCCCAUAUUCCUUCUCCACCACGCUUUUGUUGACAGCAUUUAUGAGGAGUGGCUCAGGAGGCAUAGACCAUCCCCAUCACAGUAUCCAGAGUCUAACGCUCCUAUAGGGCACAACAGCGAAUACCACAUGGUGCCCUUCCUGCCCCUCCACCGAAACAGAGAAUUCUUCAUUUCCAGCAAGGACCUUGGAUAUGAAUAUUCAUAUCUGCUAGAUGCUAACCAGAGGCUAGCAGAAUCCAUACGUCCUUACUUGGAGGAAUUGCAAGGUGUGUGGCCCUGGCUGCUGCUUGCAGGGCUCUGUGGGGGAAUUGUAACAGUGGCCGUAGUCGUUGCUGUCAGAACUGCAAAACGACGAUACCAAGGGUCACCUUGGCUGCAUGCGAGGAGGUGGAAAAACUUAUUUGCUCUCCCAGAAAGACAGCCACUUAUCUGGAGCAGUGACACAGAGGAAACCAACCACCCUAACUACCAAACAACCAUAUGAAGGCACAGCCAGCCCUCUGUGACUUUUGAUAUCAAAGUACUGUG